UCGGAGUUGGCGAGAUAAGGGCAUUGCAAUAUUAGUUUAGGCAGCCAUGAGGUGUGAGAAAAGCCAGCUUGAGUCUGAAAUAACAGUGUAGUGUAGCGUUGCCCCUGCCACCACCCUGUCGACUCUUUCUCCACAACACCGUGGUUUGAGUGGCUGCCAGAUCUAGUAACGCAAUCCCUAUCUCGCCUGCAGUUAUUUUAGAACUCCUCCAGUGACUCACUUCAGGGACGUGUGGAAGAGAAAGUUUAGGGAAAGUUUGUUUCUCUCUCUCACCACCCCUCCUCCUCCCAACCCCCCCUCCCCUCCCCUCCGUCUUGGAAACGUGUAGGGUAGAGGGAGAGAGGGCGGUCAGCUUUCCAACAAGGCGUUCAAGGGUGGAAUUGUUCGAGCCAGCGACGUGUUGCUGUUGCCUGUUGAUGUAUAUGACCGUGCAGAGCCGCCGGGACCUCUCUCCUCAGUCUGCCUGUCUCCUGCUGCUGGAUGUCACUGCCCGUGGUCUUGCCCAGUACUUGCCCGGUGGUGGCCGGCGGGGAGCCCCCACUGCGCUGCCGCGGUCGCUGGGCUCCCGGGGCGCCGUUCCUGUACUCCGGCAGCAACUCCGGGCGCCAGGCGCUAACAAGCCCGCUGUACGGCCGCUCACUCUUCGCCCUGGGACUGCUGCAGAUCGCCCUCGGCUUCUCCGUCGUCUCCCUCAGCUUCGGGGCUCUGUCUCUCACCGAAUCGCCCAACGUCAGGAACUCUUGCCCUUUCUGGGCCGGCUCCUCGGUAAUUCUUUCUGGCAUCUUGGGAUUAACCACAUGGAAAAGGCCAAUGCUGCUUUUGGUCAACCUGUUCAUCCUGUUGUCUGUUGUCUGCGUCCUGCUGAACCUGGCUGGAUUUGUCCUCUCGUGCCAGAGUGCACAGUUUGUGUCUGGCAUUGUGGACUGUAAGCUGGUCAAGAUUGUUGAGGGCAGUAGCUGUUUCUGUUGUGAAGACAGCCAGGCUACAAAAUGCAGCAACAAGAAGGAGAUUUUGAUAUUGUACCCGGUUCUGUCUGUGACCUGUGACACUGUUCGCCUUGUGCUGAAGGACCUCCUCUUUGCCAUUUGUGUGCUAAAUGCAUUGACCACCACAGUGUGUGUAGUGGCCGCAGCCCUACAGUAUCUCCAGAUAUUCGCAGGAAGGCGACCUCGGGCGAUUGAAGCCCAAAUCCCCCAAGAAGAGGUUGAGGCCACGCGCCAAAUUCCCGACCCGGAUGAAUUUGUUCCACCCAUCCCACCUCCUCCGUACUUUUCCACUUUCUGCUCCUAUAGUCCCAGGAUUAAUCCACGGAUACUCAGCAAUGAUGUAAUUCCUCUGACACAUAUCUAUGCCUCCAGGAUGAAAGGGAUUGAAGUAUUUUGUCCAGUGGAGCCACCUCCCCCAUACGAAGCUGUUGUGAGGGAGCAAAAUGAAGAGCAGGUUUCGAGUUUGUUGAAUGCUAGGACAACAGAGGCGGAUGAAGAGCGAACAUCGUGCUCUGCACCUGACGACAGCAAUGUCCCGAGCUGCUCCCUCAGCGACCUCCUGCAGCUGUGCAUAGUGCACCCAGCCUGGAGCAGGAAUUCAGAAGCAGCAUGCAGGAAGUCGAGCAGGUCUGGCCUGAGGAGGUCAAACAGUGACCCAGUGCUCCAGGAACUAAUUAUAGAAGAGCUGGUGGUGAGCUGCGAGGCAGCGACUCAAACCGACGAGAGGUCGGAGGAGCAGGCCGUGACUUUGCGCAGGGGUCGCAGGUCAAGAAGUCCCAGGUCGAGGCCAAGGUCAUUGGUAGAUUACACCAGCUACAGAGACACCAAGUUGCUGGUGGCAAGCUUCUUGAAGCAGUCGUCGUGCAGUAUGACCCCUGAGGUGCAGGAACUGGUGGAUAACAUUCGAUCGGUGUUACAGUCAGAUGAGGAACACAUGGAAGAAGCUGUGGCAAGCGCCAACAUACUUGACCAGGCGAUCACGGGCAACUUGCAACGCACCAUCCCGCGCAGGGGAGCGGCCCAGACACAAGGCCGCACACGGCUGUUGCACCUACGGAGCUGUGGGGACCUGAGCACGUGCACCGUAGAGGAGGUGCGGCCUGGAGCCAGAGGGCAACAGGAACGGCCACACAGUCUGAUCGGGGUGAUACAAGAGACAGUGCUGUGAUCACCAGGACAUUCCCCAGUGCGAAUACGAGCCAAAACUUUGCCUGAGGGCUCAAGCAACACACGCCAGGAAAAGGAAUAACCUCAAGAUGAUAGUGCAAUACGAGAGAGGGGAGAAGCUGAAUUAGAGCCCUACUUAACAAACUGGAGAACAACACGAGUGAAUAUAUGUGAAAUUCAACAAAAACUCCUCAAAGUGCCCUUAGCUCAAACUGUGGAUUAAUGAGAUUUGUCAUUUAUGAUAAAAUGUUUUGUUCGAUAGCAUGAGAGUACUCAGUUUAUACCUGUUAUUAAAUUAACAAAUCUUUUGACACCUUACUCCUUCAACUUCGAUAGAGAAAUUUCAAUGAUCUACUGUCCCUUGCGUCUGACCGUGCCACAGGGCACUUUAUUUGAAACAGAUCAACCAAUUAACACAGAUGCUUUUUAACUGUUACCUUUACUGCACUGAAUAAUCAAAGUACUACCUUACGUUGAGUUCAAAUUAGGGAUUCUUCUCUGCAGACGUCAAGAGUUGACUACAACAAAAGCAAGUAAAUUUGACAUACAAAUGGUGCAUAUGAUAAAUUCUCCCGAAAUACUAAAUUAUUUGGUGGCUGUUUACACAUUUUAGAUGUGUAGCAAGGAACUGCAGAUGCUAGUUUACACCGAAGAUAGACACGAAAUGCUGGAGUAACUCAGCAGGUCAGGCAGUAUCUCUGGAGAGAAGGAAUGAGUGACGUUUCAAGUCAAGACCCUUCUUCAGACUGAGACGGGUGAGGGAAACUAGAGAUAUGGAACGAUAAGGUGUGAAAACGGCAGAUGGAAGCAGACAACGAUUUUCUAUGUUAUACCUGCAGUCUCUUGAAUGGAAUAACCCCCUGCUGAACCAGAUCUGAUUAAUGAAGCUUUGUGAGCUGCUUGGAUCAGGAGCGACCAGUGGUACAUUUCGUGUGACAAAAUUAUUUCCCUUGCCUUCUGCAGCGAUUUAUAACUUAAAGUUUAGCAAAUGAUCUUAAAUGUUGUAUAUGAAUAAAGUGUGUACAUAUAUAAACAUCUGUAUCUAUAAACUGUACAGCUAUCUUGCUUCAUGUGGACUAUCCACAGAGCAGACCAACACAGAGAAGUGUUGCAAAGGUAUGGAUCAAGUGGAUUUGUAUUCUGCUAUGUUUGGUCUCUUAAAACUGGUCACAGAU